GGCGCAUGCGCAUGCGGUCCCGCCUCCGGGCUCUCUCCUAUUCCGGCUCCCGCCUGCGUGCAGGACACUGGGUUCCCUACGAGCUGCCCCAGGCUUAAUGAUUGUCCAGAAGGUGGCUAUAAAGGGAGCCUGGGAGGCUGGGUGGAGGAGGGAACAGAGAAAGCCUAACUCAGCAGAUCUGGUCACUGAGAGAGCCACAGGCAGGAGCUGUGGUCGGAGGCUUCGCGUCUUGGCCACUGGGGCCUGCUCCCUUCCACCAUGGCCGCCCAAGGCUACGGCUAUUACCGCGCUGUGAUCUUCUCAGCCAUGUUUGGAGGCUACAGCCUGUACUACUUCACCCGCAAGACCUUCUCCUUUGUCAUGCCGUCGUUGGUGGAGGAGAUCCCUCUGGACAAGGACGACUUGGGGCUCAUCACCAGCAGCCAGUCGGCAGCCUACGCCAUCAGCAAGUUUGUGAGCGGGGUGCUGUCUGACCAGAUGAGUGCCCGCUGGCUCUUCUCUUCCGGGCUGCUUCUGGUCGGCCUGGUCAACGUAGUCUUUUCCUGGAGCUCCAUGGUACCUGUCUUUGCUGCUCUCUGGUUCCUCAAUGGCCUGGCACAGGGGCUGGGCUGGCCCCCCUGUGGGAAGAUCCUGCGGAAGUGGUUUGAGCCAUCUCAGUUUGGCACCUGGUGGGCCGUCCUGUCAACCAGCAUGAACCUGGCUGGAGGGCUGGGCCCUAUCCUGGCAACCAUCCUCGCCCAGAGCUAUAGCUGGCGCAGCACGCUGGCCCUGUCUGGGGCGCUCUGUGUAGUUGUCUCCUUCCUCUGUCUCCUGCUCAUCCACAAUGAACCUGCUGACGUUGGGCUCCGGAACCUGGACCCCGCCCCCUCCAAGGACAAGAAGGGCUCCUCGAAGGAGGAGAGUACUUUACAGGAGCUGCUGCUGUCCCCCUACCUGUGGGUACUCUCCACGGGCUACCUCGUGGUAUUUGGAGUAAAGACCUGCUGUACUGACUGGGGCCAGUUCUUCCUCAUCCAGGAGAAAGGACAAUCCGUCCUCGUGGGUAGCUCCUACAUGAGUGCCCUGGAGGUUGGGGGCCUUGUAGGCAGCAUCGCAGCUGGCUACCUGUCAGACCGGGCCAUGGCAAAGGCAGGCCUAUCCAUCUACGGGAACCCUCGCCAUGGCCUGUUGCUGCUCAUGAUGGCUGGCAUGACCGUGUCCAUGUACCUCUUCCGGGUCACUGUGACCAGUGACUCCUCCAAGCUCUGGAUCCUGGUGUUGGGAGCUCUGUUCGGUUUCUCCUCCUAUGGUCCCAUUGCCUUGUUCGGAGUUAUAGCCAAUGAGAGUGCUCCUCCCAACUUGUGCGGCACCUCCCAUGCCAUCGUGGGACUCAUGGCCAACGUGGGCGGCUUUCUGGCUGGGCUGCCCUUCAGCACCAUUGCCAAGCACUAUAGCUGGAGCACAGCCUUCUGGGUGGCCGAAGUGAUCUGUGCAGUCAGCACAGUCGCCUUCUUUCUGCUACGAAACAUCCGCACCAAGAUGGGCCGAGUGCCCAAGAAGGUUGAGUGAAGACAGUACAGGCACCUGUGCAUCCUCUCCCACCUGUGGACCUUCCCCUCCCUGCACAGGGCUGGGGAGGUGCGGGGGCGGGGAGAAAGAAAGUGGGGCUGCUCUGGCUACCGAUGAACCUUGGAUCGCCUUUUUUGCUCCUUUUCCCUCGCCCAGGUGGCGCUGGAAGUUAUCAGUGGCUAAUGAGGUCCCAGCUCCCCAUCCUGUGCCCUAUUUAAAAGACAACUUUUGUUCUUGGACUUCAUUAGCUCCAAUUUCCUGCCUUCAAACAGGAAACCCCUACAGUGAGGGAGUCUCCAAUACCCUCUUCCUCUCCUGAACCCUGCCCCACCCCCACCCCACCCCACCCCACCCCAUCCCACCCCAUCCCCACAAGAGGUGAGGCUCCUCCUGUAGCUGCGGGGCACCAAUGGGCCAUGAUUUCUGCCCUAAGGCCUCUUAGCACACGGUGACUGUUCUUGCCAAUACCUCAAGAUUCCAGGCAGAGAGGAGGCCAUCACUCUCACCAAUACCCCGGGAACACCGGGGCCUGGGUGGGAGGGAGGAAGACUUGAUAAAGAGAUUAAAACUAGAUUUGAUACUAAACACAGUGAGCCAUUCUUUCAAAAGGGGUAUUACAGACCAAAGACAGUUUUCCUUGGAAAAUAUUCUCUUGCUACCUGCUUUUUCCACCCCAAAAAGGACAGACUUCAUUUCCUUGGAAUGGGAGAUCUGACAUAUACUCCUUUUAGCUUAUGUCUCCUUUGCCUUCAACUUUACACUGUAUAAUUCAAUGAUCAUUUUAGAGAUGAAGCUACUGGGUUUCAGACAAAUUAAAUACUUUGAUGGAGGGAAUCAGUAAACAGUGGCUUAUGAUUUUUUUUUUAAUGUUUAUUUAUUUU